AUGAGCACGACGAUCACUCGCCCCAUCUACGAAUCGCACCCUUCGGUCGACGCGUCUAUGGAAGAUUUUGAGUUCCGCGCAAACUCUCCAGAAUUCUUGCGACCUGAUUCGCAUGCGCGCAUACAUUUCAUGAGCCCGACCGCUUCAGACUACUCCGAGGCAGCAACCCAGCCCGACGUCGACGGAGGUUGGUCGCCACCAGCCUGGCGCAAAGCAGGAAGCGGUUGGUUCAAGCAUCACCUCCAACAGACCGGUCUCAUGUCGCCCUACGGAAGUAGGGAGUGCAGUCCCGAAGAGUACAGAAAGGGGUUGACGCCGUAUGAUGAUGACGAUGAAGACAUCUUAGUAGCAGCAGGCAUUCCUCUUCCUAUCAGUCCACUCAAGGGCAGAAGCCCAGAACCUAGUUACAGUCCCACCAAGGAAGGAGAAGAUUCAUGGCCCGACAAGCAUGAUAACUAUAUCCGUUUUUCCGUUCGAGCAGACGUGCAACAGCGCACAGAACCCAUCGAAGCAGUCAUAGCCCACUUCCGCAAGCUUUGGGUUCGCUUUACCAAGAAUCGAUACACUACAUUCCUCUCACUGAUGUCGGCUCUGUUCGUGCUGACUCUGACUCGCGCCUUGUUUUCCGAACCCGUGACUGGACCUACUCCUGACCUUGUCAAGGUGGCCGGCCUGGCAAAGUCUUUUGAACCUCUGAUGUAUUACAGCGAGAAUGGCCACAGCCAGGUCGUUCAGCUGGGCGAGACUGGCGUUGCCGUUUGGGACCUGGGUGAGAGCGUUCGCUCAACCAACAUGACCUCGGGUCCCAUCAUUGUGCGCGAACUCGACGAGCUUUCAGACAGCCUGAAGAACCUUGCCCACGAGUUGACCCGCUUCUUCGCAGGAGUAGAUGGCGACAUCGACAGCAUCCUUAUCGUCAUGGAGUGGGCGCAGAGAGAGCUCACCAAGCUCAACACCUUGCCAGCAUCACACAUGUCGCUGGCCUUCUCAAAUCUGCACUCUCUUUUGUCACGAGUUGGUGUACUUGAAGACCACCGGACAGGAGAGCAGACUGCUGUCGGCAAGAUUGUUGCUGAACUCUUUGGCCGCACAGCACCUCAAGUCACACGCGCCACUCUCCAACGCACCUUUACCGACUUCCUUGGCGUACUCGAAGAGAGCAUUAACAACGAGUUGACUGCCAGCAUGAGUCUGUUCGCCCACUUCGAGGCUAUCGAUCGUCAGUUUCUCAAUCUGCAGCGCGUCGUCAUCCGCGAGACAGACGCCCAGGAGCGAGAGGAGAAUGAAGCGUUGGCCUCGCUGUGGGCUCGUGUCAUUGGAGUCAAUGCCUCACGGCUCAAGAAGUUUGAGAAGAAUAAGCAACUCCUCUCAUCUCUUCGUGAGCGUACCAUUCAGAACAAGCACGUCCUGGUCGACCACAAUGGCCGUCUGCUCCAGCUCAGAAGUAAUCUCGAGAUCCUACGCAAGAAGCUGGUCUCCCCGCUUGUGCGCUCUAACGGCACCAGCACCUUGACUGUUGAUGAGCAGAUCAAGGGUCUAGAAGGUACUUACCUCAGUCUGAGAGCCACAAGAGAAGCGCAGAAGAGCCGUCUCUACGAGAUCAUCCAUGAUGCGGGCACAAGAAGGGUAGGUAUCGUAAGAGAUGAAGGGUACGCUAUCGAGGGCCAUUAG